AUGGCAGUUAGUCGCUCAUUAGGUAAACAUUCCCGGGUCCUUAUCUCGGAGAUAGGGUCGAGUGGCUCGGCUCGACAUACCGGCACGGCACCUAUUUAAAGGACGACUGGGAUUGUUCAAACAUUUACUGACGCAGCAGCCUUACCUGUCACCAUGCUUGUGUUUAAAUGUGUUCUCCCAUUUCUAAUUGUGUGUUUGGUGCAGGGAGUUUAUUGCAAACCAACAAGUAAUGAGCUAACCGAGGGCCGUGGGAUUGGAUCAUCGAUCUGGGGAUGGAUCACGUAUCCCUUCACGGGGUGGUGGGGCUCUUCAGACACCGAGGCUCCGCCUCAAACCGAUCUCCUCAACGGGUCGACUACCAUAGGCCCGUACGACAACGUCGAGAUCGCGUCUCGGAACCUCACGAUUUGGUGCAACGACCACACCUGCACUACUAUGAAAUGCGAUAAAACUGCAUGUGUGAAUGUUACGUGUAACAUUUAUGACACAUAUGUUACGGGGCAAUGUCGAGAGUACAACAUGGGCUUGAAGCCAGAGGAGCCCAAGCCAUCACUACCCACCGAGCCCAUUCCUACUUCGACCUCUGAAGCGGUUGCCGCGGUGUCAGAGUCGUCAACCGCGCCUAUAGUGCCAGUCCACCAAACCGAAGAACCAGCGGAACACCCCUUAGAGCUGGAAGCUGUACUAUCUUCCACAGUCACCAAAGGGAACCCUGACGUACCGCCUCAAAAAGAGAAAGUGGACAAAUCGAGUACUCAAAAUAAGAUCUAAACUCAACCUCAACUGAAGAUUCCGAAGCAACAUCAACUUUGAUUCUAGCAGUAAAAGACUUGCUCAGCAACUACGCUCAUUUAAUGAUAGAGCGCUUCGCAACCGCUCUCGCAGACAGCCUGAUGAUUCAGCUCAAUAUCAACUCGCAGUGUGUAGAUGGAACGUGUUACUACGCUUUAUGUGAAAAGGAUAAUUGUCAAGUGCAGUACUGCCAAUAUCAUUUGGUAACUGGAGCCAAAACUUGCUCUAGCAGGCCAUUUGUCCCGCUUAUGCCGACUACGACGCCCGGUUUGGAAUAUUCUAGCGAUAGUAAAGUUGUUAGUAACAAUGAUGAGGAUAACAGUAUCAGUUUGUUUGAUAGAAUUUUAAACUAAUGUUAUCGAAAUUG